GUGGCUUCCUGGAAAGGAAGGUAUGGUAUUCAACGCCUUCGUGGCAUCUGCCGGUAGCGCUGUGCAUGCCUCGGGCCAUUGUUCUAAGUGAGAGAAAACAACUCUGGACGUUCCUUACCAUCAUCAUCUCUCGUCUGUCUCAGGGUCGCAGGCACGGGCUGCCUCGUCGUUCUCUACAUAAAGCUCAACGUUCGUCCGUUCCAUCCCCUCAGCAGCCUUGGGAUCAUCUUGAGCAUUUCUCCCGCGAGGCUUUUACCUUCUGCUCACUUCGCAUUCGCUGACAGGUUAUUAUCUUAUUGGUAUUAUAUUAUUCUGCAUCAUGCUUUUCUUCGUCUCUACUGUCCUCGCUUCGCUGCUCCUCAUUCCAUCAUAUGCAUUACCAACUGGUUCUCACGGUGACCACAGGCCUGGGUUUCCUAGGCUUCCUCCCGUAUUCCAUGGCGGGAUCUUGUGUGGACUCCCGAUUCCAGUUGUUCAGCGUUUCCUCUGUCCUAGACAGGACGGUGGCUCACCCUUGACGGUCUCAACGCCUUUUGGAAAUGCUCACGGUGCUUCAGAUGAUUCUGGUACUACGCGCUUUGCUGUCAAAUAUGCCAACCAUAAUCGCUGGCAAGCUUCCACCGUUGUUACAUCCUGGCUGCUACCAAAUGGACAGAGCGACCCGACUGCGAUGCCCAUGGCAUGCCCACAGACAGACCUGAAUUCUUCAGCCUUCGUCGAGGAUUGCUUGUCCAUGGUCCUCUAUGUUCCAGAUUCCGUCAAGUCUGGAAGUAAAGCACCUACUCUGAUGUGGAUCCAUGGUGGCUCAUUCACCUUCGGUUCCGCAAAUGGUCCUGGUCUUGAUGGCUCCAAGCUUGCCACAGCCACGAACUCCAUCGUGGCAGUCAUCCAAUAUCGUCUGGGAGCUUUGGGUCUUUACGCACCGAGCGGAGAGACCAACCUUGCUGUCAAGGAUGUCAUGACGGCGAUGACCUUCUUGCAGAGAGUCUUGCCCAGUUUCGGCGGCGAUGCGUCACAAAUCACCAUUGCCGGUCAAAGUGCAGGUGCUUCCAUGAUCAGGACGCUUCUAGCUGUCCCUUCUGCACAAAACCUGUUCAAGCAAGCCAUCCUUCAAUCUGACACCAUGGACUAUGGAUUCUACACGCCUGAAAUUCACCAGACCUUACUCAACCACUUCAAGGCAUCACUCUCUUGCAGUGCAACCGACACGACAUGUUUGAAUGCUCUAUCCCUCACUGACAUCCUCAACGCAGAGAGCGAUCUCUCUGGUGCCGCUCCAGGUCUCACACCCGCUGCCAACCCCGCAGAACCUCUGCGCCCAGUGCACGAUGGUACUCUCGUGACUAGCACCUUCACCCCAAUCACGCCUUUCCCUCGGGUCAACAAACCCCUUUUGAUCACUACCGUCAAUGACGAAGCUGGCUUCACCAUCUAUGGUGGUGUUGGCCCCGGAGGCUUGGAUCCGGCCACAUACGAGUUUAUGGUUGACAGUGCUUUCGGGCAGAAGAGCGCUACCACACUCCUCGCUUUUGCUGACUAUGCGGUCCCGGCUUCUGCGAACUCGACCGACGGCGACGGUGGAGAGACUGAUGUUACUCCCCAGUUGCAACAGAUGGGUACAGACCAAGUUUGGAGAUGUCCUUCAUGGACCUUUGCUAGGAACUGGGUAUCCAACGGUGGCAGGGCAUUCGUGGGAGAGUUCGUAGUUGGGGCAUCCUACCCUGGAAACGAGGAAGUACCUUUCUGCACUGAUUCUGGCGUCGUCUGCCAUCAGGACGACAUAGAGAUUGUUGUACGUCUUGUUCCUUGUCUUAUAUUCGCUUUUCAAGCUCUGAACACUUUAUCUUGUAGUUCGGCACUGCCCCAAACCCUACUCCAGCACAAGCAGCACUUAUCCAAGAAAUACAAGCACGCUACAGCGCUUUCCUCCGGACUGGAAACCCCAACACUGAUUCCCUCCGAACUUGGACUGCUGCUGGUACUAGCAACGUUCACGCCACUCAACUCGGCGCCUCUGGCGAGGCCCCUGUUGGAGGUUGUGAUCCUAGCUUGUGGGGCGCAGCAGUUCCAUACGACUACCAAACACUCGGCCUCUAGAGCAUCAGUCUCACCUCUGCUCUGUCAAACUCGUUACAUUCAUUUAAUGGUUCUCUAACUUAAACUGCUCUCGAACGGACACUUUUGCCGCAAUUUAUGGGUCGUCCUUUCGUAGCAAUUGUCGACGGGUUGCACUGACGACACGUUUUCCGUUUUUAUUCUAUAGUCGUCUCCAGGUUAUACAUAACGCCUGCUAAUUCUUCUAUUGGGUUUUCUCCGUUUGUUUUUUUUUGGUACGGAACACACCGUUGUAGCCAUAUUAGGUUUGCUGUCAGUUUUUCAUCCUCAUGUCUUCCCUACGUUCCGUUGUAGCCUCAUACUUGAUGUCUCAAUUUGAUCGAUAUUUAUUACCAACUGCAUAACUUGAGCCGAAUCUUAUCGCUUAGAACGCAAUCGUCUCUGCAACUGUGUCGU